AUUGAUUUUUCAGUAGGCCUAAUAAUAAUCAAAAUGACGGCACCUCUUACGUCACCAUUCACCUCUUUGAAAAGUAUGACGUCAAUCCAUGGCUCGAGCAAAGCGAUGAUAUCACCGAGAAUGGCAAAUAAGACACUGAAAGAAAGCGAGGAGACGGAUGAUUGCAGUUUGUGUCUGAAAUCAUUUACUAAUCCUAAAAUACUCCCGUGCUUCCACACAUACUGUCUAUCAUGUCUACAAACAUAUGUUGAAGCUAAUGCUCACAAUCAAAAGUUCGCAUGUCCACUCUGCGCUUUUGAAUGCGUUAUUCCAUCAGGAGGUGUUGAUGAAUUGCAGACGAACUUCUAUAUAAAGGCGGCACAAACGAAAUCUAGUAUUGCUGCAAAUAGUCCAUGUGAGGUAUGCGAUGAUGGGUCACGUGCCGAGAGAAAUUGUUUAGAAUGUGAGCAGAACUUGUGUCAGAAUUGUAGCAGAAGUCAUCUUAAAAUGAAAUCUUCGCGGGACCAUCACCUUGUGUCUUUGAAAGAAAGGUCACACGCAGGAGAAGGUCAAGUUACCAGCAAGUCUUUUUGUGAGAAACACAAAGGAGACGAGUUGAGCUUCUACUGCAGAAAAUGUUCCAUUCCAAUAUGUCUCCGUUGUAAGGUGACUAUUCACGAACAGCAUCAGAGCGAGGACCUUUCCGAUGUAGCGGCCGAGAUUCGUGUUUUACUAACGGACAUGUUGAAAGGAGCACAGAAUGUCCUUCCUAAGUUCCAUGGACAAUUAAAUGAUGUCACGUUCUAUAGUGAUCAUCUCGAGAAAGAACGUGAUAAACUUAGAGAUGAAAUCCUUCAACAAACAAAGAAGCUUCACGAAACAAUAGAUGAACUUUCCAGAAAAAUGGUUGCCGAUGUUGAGGACGAAUAUUGUGUAGAAAUGGCUCGACUCGGAACAAGACGUAACAUGAUUAGUGAUAAGACGACGUCAUUCUCGUCUCAACUGCAUUCAGCCAAUCAGGUGGUUUGCUAUGGAUCUGAUGCCGAUAUAGCCUGGAACCGCGAUAAUCUUGCCGACCAACUUCAAAAAAUGGCAAAAUCAAGGACACCAUCGGAUAUGAUACGGUUGCGGAUGGACUUUAUACCUAGCACAAAUAUGAUGUCGCCUAGCUUCUCAGAACUGAUAGGACAGUUGAAGAAAAUACGGGACCCAACGGAAGUUACAGUUGAGGAGUUUUCCUCAUUCUCCGUUGAUAGUAGUUUCAAAGCAGUAAGCAGCGUUUGCCCGACGGACGAAGGUACUGCGUGGAUUGCCCUUGGUUGGACAGCAGAUGUUCAUCUGUUCUACAGGCACGGAGUCAAGGUUAAAACACACGUAGUCAGUAAGACAAUCGAUUUUAUAGCAAGAGAUGUAGAAAACAAUUUAAUAAUGUCCAGUAACGAGCAGAAAAUGGUUGGCAAACCUGGACCAGGCUUUAACUUAGACACGUUUGCGUCAUUUCCAGGUUACCAUCCUCGAGGGAUGACAAUCUCUACCCAAGGAGAUAUUUUUAUCUGUCUGGCACAAUCAGCUGCUUUCCAAGAUUUUCGCCCAACGCAUAAAAACAAAGUCGUUAAGAUGGACUCGAACGGAAUAAUGAUUUCAGAAUACGGAGCAGAUGGGAAAUUAUUCAUGUAUCCUCUCCGAGUGGCGAUAAACGUGAACGGAGAUAUCUGUGUUUCUGAUAGCCGCAAGCAAUGCGUAGUCAUUGUAAAGUCUACCGGAGAGUUUAAAACAGAGUACAGUGGAAACCCAUCGGAGCAAGAACAAAAGACCACCUUUGAACCACGAGGAAUUGCAUGUGACAAUCGUGGACACAUAUUCGUGGCAGAUAGCGCGAGUCAUUCCAUACACAUGCUAGAGCAUACUGGAAAGUUCAUGCGUAUGGUAGUAACGGAAGCAGACGGUUUGUAUGGUCCAUACUCAGUGGCAGUUGAUAAGGAAGACUAUCUGUGGGUAGGAUGUAGAGAUGCAGAUAUUAAAGUGUACAAACUGAACUGGUCAUAGUUUGAAAUUAUUGCACAAGUGUUUUAUUGUGGCGAUGUUCUCCAGUUACAUAAUGCUGGUAAUAUAUUUGUUUUUAAGAAAUUGAUUUUGUGAACUGAAUAACUAAUUUAUGAUUACAACGUGUACAAAGAUUUUAACUAUGUAAAAUACUUCACUUUCAUGUAAUGUCGUGGAUUGUACUUGGACAUAUUAUAUUGGUUAUAGCUCAAUUAUACCAAAUGUUUGUGUUUUAUCUAGUAUUUUCAAUAAAUAUAUAUUUAUUUA